AUGGGGGCUGCUGAGAGCCAGGGGCGGCCGGCGCCAGCCCCCGAGCCGAGCGCGCCCGAGCCGGGCGCACCGGAGGAGCCGGGGUUGGCAAGCGCGGUGGCGGUGUCAGGGCCGAUGGACGUGGCGGCGGAGCCGGGGCCGAUGGACGUGGCGGCAGAGCCGGAGCCAGCGGACGCGGCGGUGGAGCUGGGGCCGGUGGACGCGGCGGUUGAGAAGGGGCUGGCGGACGCGGCGGUUGAGAAGGGGCUGGCGGAUGCGGCGGCCGAGACAGAGACGCAGCCGCCGCUCGAGCGUCCGGCGCCGUUCGAGCCCGCCCCAAGCGCGUCGAGCGCGGGGCGAGUGACCGUGUGGUAG